AUGCCAUCCACUCAUUUAGCAGUUCUGUUCGUUGUGUGGUUCACAGACCCGAGCAUGCAGGAACAAAUUCUCAUCAAGGAACCGGUAAACUACGCGAAAACCCAUAGCAGUUAUGAUUCGUCUCAGAACAAACUCAACUCGACCAUCAAGGACCUCGACGCCCUUGAUGAACUCCUAAAGAACUACGACAGGCGAGCCUUACCCACCAGUCAUCUUGGGGAGCCGACCAUCGUGACGAGUGAGAUCUUCAUCCGCAGCUUCGGUUCCAUUGAUCCUUCGAACAUGGACUACGAGGUUGACUUGUAUUUGCGUCAGGGAUGGCAGGACGACCGCUUCAAGAAGAAUACUUUCUCCCGAGCCCUCGAUCUCAAUGAUCCGAAGCUCGUGCAGCGCAUCUGGAAACCGGAGGUGUUCUUCGCGAACGCAAAGCAUGCCGAAUUCCAGUUCGUUACUGUCCCAAAUGUUCUGGUUCGGAUAAAGCCCUCUGGAGAGAUUCUCUACAUGUUGAGGUUGAAGCUCCGCUUCUCGUGUAUGAUGGAUCUUUAUCGUUACCCGAUGGACUCUCAAGUGUGCAGCAUUGAACUGGCAUCAUUCUCCAAAACAACGGACGAGCUCCAACUCCGAUGGGCUCCUGAGAACCCGGUCAAACUGUUCGAGAACAUGAAGCUACCGCAGUUCGAGAUCGAAAACGUGACCGUAUCCCUCUGCAAAGAAAAGUUCCACAUCGGCGAGUACAGCUGUCUCAAAGCCGAGUUCUACUUGCAACGUUCGCUGGGUUACCACAUGGUACAGUCCUAUCUCCCCACUAUACUCAUCGUGGUCAUUUCGUGGGUGUCAUUCUGGCUGGACGUGGAUGCCAUUCCUGCUCGAGUAACUCUUGGGGUCACGACACUGCUAACAAUUUCAUCAAAGGCAAGCUCCGACAAAUUCCCGUUUUUGGCAGGCGCAGGCAUUCAGUCAAACCUCCCUCCCGUGUCUUAUGUGAAGGCGAUGGACGUUUGGAUGGGUACCUGCACUUCAUUUGUGUUUUCGGCUCUUCUCGAAUUCACCGUUGUCAAUUAUUUGUGGCGACACAACUCAGGCCAUCAUUGCAUUGUAUUACAUCACAACGACAGCAAUGGUGGAGCGAUGCUGGUACAGGCGACAAAAACCGGCGGAGCUGAAUCUGUCACGACGAGAUCUCGAGAUUGGGAUACGAAACUCCGCGCGAAGAGAAUCGACCGAAUGAGUCGCAUUGGAUUUCCGGCGCUGUUCAUCGUUUUCAACAUUCUGUAUUGGCCGUAUUACAUGCGGCAGUAG